GCGCGCCAUGCACGCAUGGCCAUCGUCCCCAACACCCCCUCGCCGUCGCCGCCGUGUAUAUAUGUGCUGGAGCGCACCGCCUCUCUCAGGGCACGGGCACCGGCACGCAGCCUCCAUCCGAUCCCCGGACCCCAGCACGAGAUACAUACACCGAUGGCGUUCAUCAGCAACGACGUCGUGGCGAUGAAGGCGGCGGCCGUGUCCGCUCUGCUGGUGUUCGCGGCGGUGGCGUCGCCCGCCGCGGGCGCGCCGGCGGUGGCGGUGGCGGGAGGCGCGGCGUCGAUGCCCGCGGGCCCGCUGGACAUCGCGCAGCUGGGCGCCAAGGGCGACGGCAAGUCGGACAGCACCCCGAUGAUCCUCAAGGCGUGGAAGAACGCGUGCGACGCGACCGGGGUGCAGAAGAUCGUCAUCCCGCCGGGCAACUACCUGACGGGCGGGCUGGAGCUCAAGGGCCCCUGCAAGUCCUCCAUCAUCAUCCGCCUCGACGGCAACCUGCUCGGCACCGGCGACCUCAACGCGUACAAGCGCAACUGGAUCGAGAUCGAGAACGUCGACAACCUGUCCAUCAAUGGCCACGGCACCAUCGACGGGCAGGGCUCCCUGGUGUGGAACAAGAACGACUGCCAGCAUUCCUACAACUGCAAGGUCCUCCCCAAUAGCUUGGUGCUGGACUUUGUGACGAACGCCCAGAUCAGGGGCAUCACGCUGGCCAACAGCAAGUUCUUCCACCUCAACAUCUUCGCGAGCAAGAACGUGUUGAUCGACAAGGUGACGGUGAAGGCCCCGGGGAACAGCCCCAACACGGACGGAAUCCACAUGGGGGACUCUGAGAACGUGACCAUCAGCGGCACCACCAUCGGCGUCGGCGACGACUGCAUCUCCAUCGGGCCCGGCAGCAAGACGAUCCGGAUCGACGGCGUCAAGUGCGGCCCCGGCCACGGCAUCAGCGUCGGGAGCCUGGGGAGGUACAAGGACGAGAAGGACGUGGAGGACGUGAAGGUGAAAGGUUGCACGCUGGUGGGCACCACCAACGGCCUGCGCAUCAAGUCGUACGAGGACUCCAAGUCGUCGCCCAAGGUCACCAAGUUCGUGUACGAGGACGUGACCAUGGACAACGUCUCGUACCCGAUCAUCAUCGACCAGAAGUACUGCCCGAACAACAUCUGCGUCAGGUCCGGCGCGUCCAAGGUGGCCGUCACCGACGUCGUCUUCAAGAACAUCCACGGCACCUCCAACACGCCCGAGGCCAUCACGCUCAACUGCGCCGACAACCUGCCAUGCCAGGGCGUGCAGCUCCACAACGUCGACAUCAAGUACAACAAGUCCAACAACAAGACCAUGGCCGUCUGCAAGAACGCCGUCGGCAAGUCCUUCGGCUUGUCAAAGGAGCUCGCGUGCAUCUGAAGUUCUGAACCACAACCAACACGCAUGCAUAUAUAUCACAUAUCCGCUGCUUUGUUUUUGUUUUUGUUUUUGUUUUUUCCUAUCACAAAAUUAACCAACCAAUGCUAUUAUUAUUAUUAGGCGCCUGACAAUCUACGAACUUGCUUAUUCUACUAGUAGUGUGUAUGUGUCUGUAUAAUUCCGUUCCAUAUAUACAUUCACGCUCAAUGAUA